AUGCCUAAGAGAUCAUUUAGCCAGUUAGAGGGAUCUAGUCUGUACGAGAAUUCUCGCGGCUACCUCGAAUCGGUCGCGAAGGAAACGAUCAAUAUUGACGAAGUGGCUCGAGCAAAGUGCAAAGAAUUGAUGGCUGAACUUGAUAAACACGUUGACUUCGUUCUGAAGUCAGACUCCCAGACCAUAGAUGAAUUUAUCCGCAUAACACUGGGACGAGCUAGCCAUCUUGAGUAUCUUCAACGUGUUGCACAUGGGCAGGAAUCGCAGAUAAUACGGGAAAGGAGGUCCUUCUACGGGAACAUGUUAUAUAACGCUCUACUUGUACAAGCUCACGAAUACGGAGGUUUGCGCCUCGGGAGAAUCGUUAUUAUUUCCAUUACGCCAAACAAAUUGUUUUCCUUGCGUCAUUCGAUUCAUGUCAUAAUCGAACACAUACAGGAAGUCGGUCAACGCUUACGUCACAUCGAGCCUCCCAAGACAUUUUUCAACAGAUUGGCGCACGAGAGUCAAAAACGAUGGUCAAGCAGCGGCGAAGUCAUUGAGGAGACGCUAGAAGAUGUUGGGCUUAGUCAGGAGGCUUUAGAAUGGGUCAAGAAGACAAAAGAGCAGAUUGCUCAGAGUAGCCAACCUCAGGCUCUGAAUGAUAUCAGCGAUGUCGAUAUACUGAGACUCCUCUGCUGGAUGAUUCCCCGAGAGAAUGCCUGGGAACCCGGGGUCAAUCAAACUAGAAAGGAUCUGGGUCCGUUCUUCAUCGAAAUGGCUCGUCGUGUUAGAGCAUCUGAUCUCCCCGAGCGCGACAAAUGCGCCGUAGUAGAGGCCAUCGUUGCCGUGGUCCAGUCGAACCACUCAUUCGCAGAAGCUUUAGAUCUUGCCGUCCGCCUAUUGGAGCAUAGUAAUCUGCCUCGGUAUCUGCAUGGCUUGGUUGCCCUUCAAAAAAGCAACCUUUAUCGACUGAAUUCCAGUCCUGAGAAAUCUGAAGAGGCGAUUAGCAAAUAUUAUUGCGAUACCAAGGCUUAUGAAAACGAACGACGUACUGCAAUCGCCACAGCCAAUGAUCGAAGGCCUAAAGAGAUGGCCGACCUAUUUAAAGGAGGAAUGGAGGAAAGACUAGCGGCCGUUGAGGAUUCCCUAUGGCGGUCCCACCUUGAGAAUUUGGUUCAACAGGAGAAUUAUUCGCGCGCGUUACUCGAGGCUACAGCGCGGCCCUUCCAACCACGCUGUCAGAUGGGUCGCCUUCUUUCACCCCACAUUAGUAUCACCAUGGGAAAGAUAUUCAUAGUUCACGGUCGCCAUCAAUCGGCUCAGACUUGUUUUGAGGGCACCUUGUUUGAGGCGCCAAUGUAUGCAGAGCAGGUGAAGACCCUCCGCCUCAAUAUCGUGUGUCGACUGGCAGAUGUCUAUUGUGACCUGAACAAGCCCGCAAAAGCUCUCAGGCUCCUAAAGGAAGAAAAUAGGAAACUCAUUAAGGAUUAUCAGCCUCAACGGAAGGCGAAACGUCUGCUUUUAGCGCUUGUCGAUGCCUAUCUUGCUGAUGGAUGCUACAUAGAUGCUUUAUCGACCCUAUGCGACUCCAGACUUGACUUCCACAAGGAAAACAAAGAUAUAACUGACCAAUUCAUGCACGUACGGUGUCAGUUUGCGCGUGCUCGUCUACAUUGUUUCACCUCCAGAUUUGAGGAUGGUUAUCGUGAAUGGGUCGCGGCGUUAGCACUGGUGGAGAAAUACCCCGAUUUUGAGGACGAAGGCUUUGCGGCGGGAAUUUGUCAACUUUCCAUGGCCUGGGCAUGUCUUGAAUUAGGAGAUAGGGACUCGGGCUAUAGCGCGUUCAUGAAAGCAAAGACCUUUCUGGAGAACUCCCCUCCUAAUUAUUGGCUACCGACAAUCCAGAAAUCUUGGUUUGACUAUGUUUCUGAGAAAUUGCACCAAAAAGCCGGGUGGCCACCGAUCCAACAACACUCGCCAAGACCGACCCCACCUGUCGGCUCACAUAAUACAGUUACCCCGCCCUCACAUCAUCUCCUAUCCCCUGAAUCACUUUCCAGCGAGACCAUCCACUCCUACAUGUAA